AUGACAUCGAACUUCGCCGUUCACUACACUGAGCGUCUGAUUCCGUUGACCAGGCUGCAACUAUCUACGCAGUCCAAGCCUACAAGCGAUGGCGGUACACUAAAGUCGACGCAUGCAAUGCUACAAAGCUCACCCUCUGAAGCUACUGUGCAGGAAUCUGUAGACUUUCUCUGCACUUUCUCUGUUCGGGAGGACAAACCAGGGCUGCAAUCCGACAGUGAGGAGCUUGUCUUUUACAAUGCCGUCUUCAGGAAAACCAUUUUCAACCUGUAUGCGCUUGCCGUGGAUCUCUACCUGGAGGAAUCAAGUGCGGCUCAGCUUGACGCAGAGUGGUGGGCCGAUAUCGAACAAUCUACGUGGUCUGUAGCGUCGUAUCUCUUACAGUCGUUCCCGAGCCGUCUUCGUAGAGUUUUGCAGUUGAUUCAGGUACAGAAGAUGUCUGUUCGACUGUCGGCGUUCUGCCCAUCGUCUGUUGCAAGAUUUUACUGGGAUGCUGCGCCUAUUCGGCUCAACCCCUUCACUGUUGCACUCUUUCCCUAUCUGCGCAACCAGUCCUCUGCUGUGGUAUCAUUCUCUCCUGUUACCGCAGGGAAAAGCACGCGACCAGACUCCCUCGUUGCCCUGGCUGAGAAAAUACGUGUUGGGGUCAUGUACAGUAUACAAAGAGUAAUUUCCUUCCUGCUCUUUCCUCUCCGUCUUGCUCGAGAAGAGUGUCAGCUCAGAAGAAAGGAAUUGGAGAAGGUGAGGAACGAAAGGGCUGAGGUCCUUGGAAAGCUUUUGGAGUUGCGACCCUUGCUUGCAAAUGGUCUGGCAGCCGACUUCAACGGUUCAAUCACUAGUUCGUCAAUUGACAAUCAAGCCCUUACGGCGUUUCUGUUCGAGUUCGCUGUCGUCACGUCAGGCGACGUAUCACAGAAAGCUGCUCUCCCUGUGAUCGAACAACUCCUCGGUGCAUUCAAAAACCAUGGAAUCAUACAUAACGCCUACCUGGACGCCCACGAUCUGCGACGACCAUCCCGACUUACCCUGUUAUGGCCUCGCUUAUUCCUGCUUCCCCCACUGAUGCUCUAUUGUGCCAAGCAUAUUUAUGCUUCUAGAGCAACUUUAGCCGACCUUAUGCUAGAUGUGGUGAACACCGUACAAAACUUUUUCAAGGGUUGGCUGUUUGACCCUAUAAAAGAUGUCCUUAUGACUAUCCGUGCUGGUGGAGAAGAUGGUGUCAUUGUUAGGCGAGAAGCAGUUGCUGCUGACCUCGAUUCACUCGAGCGAAUGACCCUUGCUCUCGCUAAGGAAAAACUUAGUUAUGAUUCUACGCAACUUGAAGCACUUUCACAACAGAUACGUCAGGGUGACCUCACUGCCGUGCUGAAGAUCUAUGAAGAGGACAUUAAAAAUCCGGUGAAAUCUGCAAUAACGGGGACACUUUUGAGGUCAAUGUUUAUUCAGGUCCAGAAGGCCAAAGUGGAUCUCGAUCAAGCACUGGCUGGCAUCGAUAAACUGUUGAAAUCUCAAGAACUUACUUUUGCAUUCGUUGGUGUCGCGCCAGCCCUUGCUGUCAUAUAUGUCGCAGGAGGAUUCCUAGGAGGACUACUGUCUAUCAGACCUGGCAGGUAUGGAGGGAAACUUAGAAAGACCAGUGUUUGGCUUGCAAUGAGGUUGACCAUACUAGUUGUCUUGGAAAAUAUGCGCUUACUACUCUACAUUUCUAGGCGUAUUGAGCGGCUUCUGUUGUUCCAACCUAAAUUGUCGUAUCACCAUCACGAUACCGAGAACUUGCACUCGGACACCAUUCCGGCUUUGACGACAGGACUAUUGGUUUUAUCUCUGGCGCACCUCCGAGAGUAUGCUUUGACGUCGCUACCAGCACGGUCGCGACUUCGAGAGGGAUUUUUGGAGGAUAUCGAAGACCUUGAAGAUCCUGGAUUGCGUCGGUCGGAAAAACUCAGGAUUAUCGAUAGAAUGUGGAAGAGUUGGGGCAAGGAGCUUGGUUGGUACAAUUUAGCGGGCGGUAGAUCAACCAGGUAG